CGACAAUUAUAAAUAAAAGUCGUUCAACGUUAGAACAUUUACAAUUGCUGGGAACUUUUUCAAAUCCAGUUUUAGUACGAGGGAAAUACUCUUCGCGAGACGUCAACUAAAAUAAAUCUUCUUGAUAAUAAAAUAAAACGCGUGUGUGCGCUAAAUCCGGUGCUAAAAAAGAAAUAAGUUUUUUAAAGUAAAAUAAAAAGAAAUUAUAUAAAAAUUUAAGAAAAAAAAAGAAAGAAAAGUGUUUAAAUAAACUUUUAAAGAAUAAUAGCAACAACAAUAUGAAUGCUUUAAUAUUUUUCAUUUCCCUAAUACUGGGCUAUGUGGGUUACUAUUUAUAUAAAUCCAUGAAAAGACCCGAAAAUUAUCCACCAGGCCCCGAUUUUGUACCCUUUGUUGGUAAUACCAUACAAUUGCGCAAAGAAGCUGUAUCAGCGGGGGGACAACAUAAGGCAUUUGAAAAUUGGUCUAAGCGCUACAAUUCCAAUAUAUUGGGUAUCAAACUGGGACGUGAACUAGUAGUGGUUGCACUCUCAUAUCCCCUGGUCAAAGAAGUUCAUCUACAAGAAGUUUUUGAGGGCAGACCUGAUACCUUCUUCUUAAGAUUGCGCACCAUGGGCACGCGCAAGGGCAUCACUUGUACCGAUGGCCAGUUGUGGUAUGAACAUCGUAAUUUUGCCAUGAAACAAAUGCGUCAUGUAGGCUAUGGACGCACUCAAAUGGAGCAACAUAUUGAAAAGGAAACGGAGAGUUUAAUACAAUUUAUAGAAGAGUUUAAGGGACAACCUGUUUGGCCGGGUUCCUUCUUGGCCCAAAGUGUUAUAAAUGUUUUAUGGUCCAUGACAGCAGGUAAACGUUUUAAACGCGACGAUAAACGUUUAGUUAAGUUGUUGGAUUUAAUGAAUCGUAGAUCGAAAGUUUUCGAUAUGUCUGGUGGUGUUUUGACACAAUUUCCCUGGUUGAGAUUUGUGGCUCCCGAUAGAACUGGUUACAAUUUGAUUAGACAAUUAAACAAUGAAUUGUUUAAUUUCUUUAUGGAAAGCAUAAAUGAACACAAAGCUACUUUGACUAAAGAAAAUGCCGAUAAUGAUUUGAUUUAUGCCUAUAUCCGGGAAAUGCAACAGGAAACUAAUAAGGAUAAUGAGAACUCCACCUUUAAUGAGACACAACUUACCAUGACUAUAUUGGACUUCUUUAUAGCGGGUUCUCAGACCACCAGUACCACCACGGAUUUGGCUCUAAUGACUUUGGCCAUGCGUCCUGAGAUACAAAAAUUGGUUUAUGACGAGAUUGUGGCUAAUAUGCAGAAUACCGAAUUUCCCCAUUUAAGUUCUAAGUCCUUUUAUCCCUAUAUGGAUGCUUUUAUAAUGGAAGUGCAAAGAUUUUAUCAUAUAGUACCCAUAACAGGUCCCAGAAGAGCUCUAUGGGAUACCAAGUUGGCUGGUUAUGAUAUACCCAAAAAUACCACUAUACUGAUAGGCCUACGUUCGGUACUAAUGGACGAUGAACACUGGAAAGAUCCCCACAACUUUAGACCCGAACGUUUCAUAGAUGCCGAGGGUAAAACAUUUAAGGAUGAAUAUUUUAUGCCUUUCGGUCAGGGACGAAGACGCUGUUUGGGUGAUGCCAUGGCUAGAGCCUGUCUAUUUUCGGUACUCGUUAGAAUCUGUCAAACUUUCGAAUUGGUUUUGAGCGAUAAGGAGGAGGAUAAACCCUCUUUGAAUCUCUUACCGGGUAUUACUUUAUCACCUAAACCUUAUAAAAUUAAAUUCGUUAAAAGAGAAACGUAGAGAGUGUAGUUAUUGGAUA